AAAUGGAUCUACUUUGGCAGCAUCAACAACAACUGCUACUUGUAUAACAAUUUCGAUGACGAUUUGAGGAACUUCGCGCACGAGGGGGUUGCGGGGAGUAGCGGCGUAGUCGGGGGGAGUAGCCGGGUUGGCAGUGUUAGCAGCGUUGGCAGUGUUGGCAGUGUUAGCAGUGUUGGCGGAGUUGGCGGAGUUGGCGGGGGUAGUAGCCGGGUUAGCAGCGUCAGCGCGAAAAUCAGCCUACAGCAUCUGAAGCACCAGAAGUACACAGACACCGUGACAAAUAUUAAGUUCUCUAAGAGCUACAAGUAUAUCGCCCUGUGCAUCUACAAUGGGGAUAUUUACAUCUACAACAAUAAUAAUAUGAACAGGUCAGAAAUUCUAAAUUACAAUAUUACCAAUUUUAAACAAAAUAUUAAUAACAGUAAUUCAUUACUUCACAUUUAUAAUUGGAAUGUUGAUUUGAGUCAUUUUAAAAAAGAGGAGGAAUGGAUUACAGAGGACAUGAAUUUUGUUAAUAUCCUAACCAUUAACGAUACGAAUGAUAAGAAGGAUAUUGAAUAUUUUAUGUUUUGUCCUUUUAAUGAAGAGAUUCUGUUAAGUAUUUACUUAGACUCUCCUAAUAUAUAUAUAUGGAAUAUCCGUCAGAAUACCCCUAUUAGCAUUACGUAUACGGUGGAUAUUCCUACUUUUAUUAAUAUUUGCAAUUAUGAUAGCAAUUUUUACCUGAUUGCUGGUUUUCACAGUGGAGAGACGCACGUGUAUGAUUAUAAUGUGUACAGUUUGAAGAGGCGUAAUGAGAGUAAGAAGUAUGAGUCUAGGGUUAAGUGUGAGAGUAGUGGUGUGGAGGGCGGCAGGCAGCAUCCCACCGUGCUUGGCAACUACAGUAUUAAGGUCACUCCCGAGGGCUGCAACGGGAGCGGCGCGCAGUAUCAUCAGCAGUAUCAGCCGCAUCAGCCGUAUCAGCGGCAGCAAUCGCAUCCAGCGCAGCAAUCGCACCCUGCGCAGCAGAUCAUGAACGAGGAGCUGGACAACAGCAACGACGUACUCUGCAUCGACAACAACCUCGCGAAUGAAAUUUACGUGGCCACCCACCGAAACGUGAUUCAGAUCUGCAGCGUGAACAACAACAGCGUCAUCAGCACGUACCACAACCUGCACAGCGACCUAGUGGACUACUGCCUCUUCAACAACAAGCGAAACAACAUUUUCGCCUCCUCCUCCUUAGACAACAGCAUCAUUGUGUACGACUACCACUGCAAAAAAUAUAUUAACAAGUUUAUCGUGAACUACGAUUUUAACAAGGUCGAUACGAACAACCAAAUGGAGAAGGGAAUUAAUUUCCUCAAAUGGAUUAACACAAAUCUGUUACUCUUUUCAAGUCUCAAUGGGAACAUAUACAUUUACGACAUUCGAUCUAGGCAGUGCAUCCAUCAGUUCUACAGCCACACGGACACCAUCUUCAACGUGCACUUAUCCCUGCACCUUUAUGAUCAGAAAAACAUCCUCUCGAUUUUAACCGCCAGCGACGACCGAUCCUCGAACAUGCAUUUUUUGGACAUCUCUUCGUUUAUCUAG